GGCUCUGCGGGCUGCCUUCGCGCCGUUCCCUGGCCGGGCGGCACCAGCCAGCGCCCCCCUGGCUCACUCUCGCUGCGUGGGCAGAGCUGCGGGGAGCGGGAUGGGCUGAUCGUCUCCCUGGGGCAGGGGAGUGGGGUGUGACCCCUGUGCCCGGGCCAUGUCCCAGGGGCAGUCUCCACGGGUUAGCCAGUGCCAACAAUAGUGUGCUGUGGGACACAGCUGCCCCACUGCCGCCCAGAGGUGGCAGCUUUGCAGUGGGGGGAAGUGGCGCUUGGCCUGGAGGCUGGGCAGUGCUGAGGGGGUGGGAGGCCUGGAGGUGCACAGAGCUCGCUGGAAGGGCGUGGGGCCCUGUGCGCUGGCAGAUGAUAGCCGGGGCUGCUCUCAGAGGCCCUGUGGGGGUGUCCCCUGCCAUGUGGUGUCCUGCCCUGGCCAGCUCAGGUGUGGGGGGAGCUCUGGGAGCGCACAGGUGGGGGUGGAACAGAGCCAUUGGGGCUCACGGGUGGGCCCGGGACACUGGGCUGCUGUUCCCUGGGGGGUGAACAUGCCCCUGGGGCAGCGCUCCGGGCCCAGGGCCCUGGCUGGAGUCUCAGCAUGUGCCCUGGCAAACAGGCCACACGGUGCCCAGCCUGGGCCAGUGUCCAUGGUGCGGGGCCGGGGGCUGGGCCUCUCUGCCCUGCCCAGUGCCCUGGGGCAGGAGGGACCAGCCACGUGGGGGCGAGAGGAGGGUCCCUGAGCCGGGCUGGCCCCCCAGGCUUCGGGCCGCCGGGACUGGGGGAGGCCGCUGCUGCUCCUGCGCGGGGGCAGAACUGAUGCUGGGUCAAGGGGUGGGUCUGGCUAGCUGGAGCCCUGCAGGCUGCUGGGCUAGGCCCCAUCUCUGACCCCAUGGAGCUCUGGGGCCAGGGAUGAAGCAGCUCCCUGACGCUGCGGGGCAGGGGACAGAGGGAGCCUGAGGGGUGGUGGGGUCCCUGUGUGGUGCCCUCCAGGGCAGGGGGGUGGCCAGAGCACAGCCCAGCCUGGGAGUCAAACUCAGGCUCCACCCUCCUGCAAAGCCCUGCCCCUUGCCCCCAGGGCAGGGCUCAUCUGGGGCCUGGCCGGCCCCUGGCACUGAGCCGCUCUGCAGAGAUCUGGCGGCCAGCUGGCCACUUGCCUCCCAGUCUCAUGGGCUCAGUGGCCCACCAAGCCAAGGGGCUACGGAUGUGCGGCUCCUGGAGUGCCAGCUUGGAUGCCCCCGGGCAUGGAGCCGGCCCCCAGAGCGGGCCGUGCCGGCCCAGUGACCUGGGAGUGGGAUAUUGGCUGUUUCCCACCCUGCCCCCCUCCCCGUCCUGGUGACAGCGGCUGUGGGACGCGCUGCUUUCGCCAGGGAGCCUGGUGCAAGACACAACACGCACAUUCCUGCCGGGCUGGGGCUAGCACCCUGGGAACGUGGGCGCCAGGCCUGCUCCUUUCUCCCUAGCCCCCGGCCCUUGGCACGGCUUCCCACGCUUUGUGGCUGGAGGCCAGCGGGGGGACAAGGAGUGGGCCCUCUCCCCCCCCAGCGUGGGCGGGGGAGCCCGGUCUCUGCCCAAGCGCGCCGUGUGCUCAGGAGGUGGCGAGACCGGAGCAGCUCCCUCGGCUCGUGACCGGUUUGACCGUAACUAGCCCCUGGUGAGCUGCGAGUCUGGCCUGGGGCCCCGGGCGGCUCAGGGCCCAGAGGCCGGUCGUCCCCACCCCGGCUGGCCUGUGUGCACUGCCGAGCAGAAAGAAUCGGCUGUGACAUUCCCGUAGCCUGGAGACCGUUCGCCCCUUUCACAGCCCCAGCCCCGAUUUGAAUAAGAAUCACUCUGUGCGCCUGGGAGAGGAGCCGGGUGAGUUUUACCCAUCGCUUCCCUUGUUUGCCAGCUUGUUUUUGUGCUCCGAGUUCUCACGCUGCCCGCCCAGGGCUCGGGGACUCGCAGGAGCAGGAGGGGCUCUGGGGGGCUGCCCCCGCCCAGCCUGCAGCCAGCUCCCCCCUCCCCCAGCGCGGGCUGCCAGGGCCGCGGGCUGCACCGCUCGGACGUGAGUACCGGGGCGAGCGGGAGGAGGCUGCACGCGGAGCCUGCUGCCCUACGGUGCCCGGCCCGGGCAGCGACAUUACUGCUCAGGCUGCCUGGAUUUCUCCUCCAGCCCCGAGCCCGGUGCCCAGCGCGGGUGAGCUGGCAGGGGGGUGCCCAGGGGCAGUGAGGGAGCAGGCUGAGGGGAACAGGCUUGCCCAGCACCCCACGGCCAGUCGGGGCAGUGCCAGGAAGAGAACCCAGGUGUCCAGGAUCCCUGUCUCCUGCUCCAACUUUUAGCCGCUGCCCCGAGCUGUGCUGUCUGCUCUGCGUGCCCAGCCCCAGGCCGGACCCCCCGUGCCCAUGGAGCUGCUGUUUGCUCUCCUGCUGCUGGUCCAGGUGCCCGGUGCGGGGAGCCAGGAUGUGCCCGGCUGCUCCGCGGGGAGCUGCCACCCGGCCACCGGGAACCUGCUGAUCGGGCGGGCCCAGAACCUGAGUGCCACGUCCACCUGUGGGCUGCAGGGGCCCCAGGAAUACUGCAUCGUCAGCCACCUCCAGGACUCGGAGAAAUGCUUCUCCUGCGACUCCCGGUCCCCGUCUCUGCGCAACAGCCACCGCAUCCAGAACGUGGUGUACCUCGGCGGCCGGGAUGGCCACACCACCUGGUGGCAGUCAGAGAAUGGCGUGGAGCAUGUCAGCAUCCGCCUGGACCUGGAGGCCGAAUUCCACUUCACCCACCUCAUCAUGAAAUUUAAGACCUUCCGCCCGGCGGCCAUGCUGAUCGAGCGCUCGGCGGAUUUCGGCCGCACCUGGAAGGUUUAUCGCUACUUCGCCUACAACUGCUCCCAGCUGUUCCCAGGUGUGGCCGUGCAGGCCUCGGGCCGUGUGGACGAGGUGCUGUGCGAGCAGCGCUACUCCGAGAUCGAGCCCUCCAGCCAUGGCGAGGUGAUUUUCAAGGUCCUGGACCCGUCCAUCCCGGUGGAGGAUCCAUACAGCCCAGCCAUCCAGGAUCUGCUGCGCGUCACCAACCUGCGGGUGAACCUGACCCGGCUGCACACGCUGGGCGACAACCUGCUGGACUCGCGGCGGGAGAUCCAGGAGAAGUAUUACUACGCCCUCUACGAGCUGGUGCUGCGCGGGAGCUGCUUCUGCUACGGCCACGCCUCCGAGUGCGCGCCCGCCCCCGGCGUGCCAGCGGGCGUGGAGGGCAUGAUUCACGGCCGCUGCAUCUGCAGGCACCACACCGCUGGCCUGAACUGCGAGCGGUGCGAGGACUUCUACCAGGACCUGCCCUGGCACCCGGCCGGGGGCAGCGACCCGCACGCCUGCCGAGGGUGUAACUGUAACCAGCACUCGCGCCGGUGCCACUUCGACAUGGCCGUGUACCUGGCCACGGGCAACACCAGCGGGGGCGUCUGUGACGACUGUCAGCACAACACCAUGGGCCGCAGCUGCCAGCUCUGCAAACCCUUCUACUACCACAACCCGCGGGCCGACAUCCGGGCCAGCACCGCCUGCGUCCCCUGUGACUGUGACCCGGUGGGCUCCCUGGAUGGCGGGGUGUGCGACAGCCACACGGACGUGGCGCUGGGCAUGAUCGCCGGGCAGUGCCGCUGCAAGGAACACGUCCAGGGCGUGCGCUGCGACAGCUGCAAGGAGGCCUUCUACGGGCUGAGCCACACCGACCCGCAGGGCUGCCAGCCCUGCAGGUGUGAUCCUCGGGGCAUCAUCGCGGGCAGCCCCCCCUGUGACCACAUCAGUGGAGACUGCUACUGCAAGCGCUUUGUCAGCGGCCGGUACUGCAGCCAGUGCCUGCCCGAGUUCUGGGGCCUGAGCAACGACAUGGCCGGCUGCCGGCCCUGUGCCUGCGACUUCGGGGGCACCUACAGCAACAGGUGCUCCAUGGAGGACGGGCAGUGCCCCUGCCGGCCCCACCUCAUCGGGCGCCAAUGUGACCAGGUGCAACCCGGCUACUUCUGUGCACCCCUGGACUACUACAGCUACGAGGCGGAGCAUGCCACAGGCCACGCGCCCACCCACCCCAAGCUGCCGGGAGCGCUGCGCCCCGAGGCCCCCCCGGACUGCCUGGAGCAUUCCAGCGGGCUCCCCAACGGGCGGAAGGGGCGUCUGCGGCGCCAGCGCAGCGUCGUGCGGCUCCUGCAGCAUCAAGCCCUGCCCCGGCGCAGCCGGCAGCCCCAGCACAAGCCCGACGUGGAAGUGGUGUCCCGGGAGCACGCGGGUCACAUGAUCACAUGGACGGGGCCCGGCUUCGCCCGCGUGCGGGACGGGGCUGGCCUGUCCUUCCACAUCGACAACAUCCCCUACCCCAUGGAGUACGACAUCCUGAUCCGCUACGAGCCCGAGUCCACAGAGGACUGGGAGGCCAUCGUCAGCGUCAGUGCCCAGGCGUUGCCCACGAGCCCUCGCUGUGGGAAUGUGCUGCCCUCGGAGCAGCGAUACAAGGAGAGCCUGCCGCACACCGCGAGGUACGCCCUGCUGCCCCGGCCCUUCUGCUUUGAGCCCAGUAACCAGUACGAGAUCGCCAUGCGGCUCCAGCGGGCGGGCGUGGCCCAGCGCCACCUGGCCGCCUUCAUCCUCAUCGACUCGCUGGUUCUUCUGCCGCGAGUGUUGGAGCUACCGGCUUUCCAUGGCCGCGACCCGGCGGCGGAGCAGCACCGCGAGGAGCUGGAGCGCUACCAGUGCCAGGAGGCGUUUCGCAUGGCGACCAUGCCAGCGCUGGCUGAGAUGUGUGCCCGCCUGCUCUGCAGCAUCUCGGCCCUGCUGCACGAUGGGGCCCUGGCCUGCCAGUGCGACCCCCAAGGCUCUACCAGCAGUGAGUGCCAGCCGGUGGGGGGGCAGUGCCCGUGCAAACCCCACGUGAUCGGCCGGCGCUGUGACCAGUGUGCGCCAGGCACCUAUGGAUUUGGGCCCUCCGGCUGCAGCCGCUGUGCCUGCUCCCCUGAGGGCUCGGUCUCCGAGCUCUGCGACCCCGUGAGCGGGCAGUGCCGAUGCCAGCACGGGGCCAUGGGGCGCCGGUGCGACCAGUGCUUGCCGGGCCAGUGGGGCUUUCCGGCCUGCCGGCCCUGCCACUGCAACGGGCACUCCGAAGAGUGCGACACCCACAACGGGGCCUGCCAGCAGUGCCGCGACGCCACCACGGGACGCCACUGUGAGAGGUGCUUGGAGGGUUACUAUGGCGACCCGGUGCUGGGCUCCGGGCAGCAGUGCCGGCCCUGCCCAUGCCCUGGGUACCCUGGGACUCGGCAUUACCAUGGCAACUCCUGCCACGCCGACAAGGAGACCAAUCAAAUCGUCUGUCUGUGUGCCCCAGGCUAUACAGGCCCGCGCUGUGACCGCUGCUCCCCCGGCUACUUCGGGGCCCCAGAGCAGGAGGGCGGGGGCUGCCGGCCCUGCCAGUGCAACAACAACAUCGACCCCAGCGACCCCGAGGCCUGCGACCCCCGCAGCGGGCAGUGCCUGCGCUGUCUGCACCACACAGACGGGCCCCGCUGCGCCGAAUGCCGGCCUGGCUACCAUGGCAAUGCCCUGCAACGCAGCUGCCGACGUGAGCGGGGCUGGGGGGGACAGCCUGGCGCCAGGGGAGCAGGACCGGGGGCGUGGCCUGGCGCCGGGGGAACGGGGACCUUUGCUCCGGCAGCCUGUGACUGCGACCCGGCCGGGGCGGAGAGCCUGCAGUGUGAGCGUCUCAGCGGGCGCUGUGCCUGCCGUCCCGGCUUCACAGGGCAGCGCUGCGACCGCUGCCUCCGCGGCUUCCACGACAACUUCCCCCGCUGCGACCGCUGCCCGCCCUGCUUCGCCCAGUGGGACCUGGCCCUGGCCCGGCUGCAUGGCCGGCUGCGCCAGCUGCAGGAACAGGCGCGGGCGCUGCAGGAGGGAGGCCCCGGUCCCGAGCUCAGUGACAGCCGCCUGGAGGACCUGGAGAGCAAGCUGAGGCGCACGGAGCGGCUGGUCGGGGACGGCAGCAGCCAGGGUGCCCCCCUCCUGCGCCAGCUGAGCCGCCGGCUGGACGACACCAGGGAGGACAUGGACGAGGUCUGGAAGCAGCUGCAGGCCGCGGAGGGGCGCCUGGACGGGCUGGCUGGGGCGGACACGGAGCAGAGGGGCCGCCUGGCCAACCUGAGCAGGGAGCUGCAGGAGCUGAACCGCACCCUGUCCCGCCAGCAGGAGCAGCUGGCAAACUGGAAAGAGGCCAACUUUUGGGAGUCCUACCGGAGCAUCCAGUCCUCCUCAGAGAACUCGAGGCAGGCGGCGCAGCGGGCCAGUGCCUCGGUGCAGGGGCCAGCCAGCCCAGUGGGCCAGGCCCAGCGCACACAGCAGGCCGUGGAGGGGCUGCUGCGCGACACCGGCGACGCCUUCCGCCGGACCCUGGCAGCGCAGAGGAGGUCACUGCGGGAGGCCCAGAAACGGGCGGCUGCGCUCAGCGUCUCCAGGCUCAACGAGAGGAUCUGUGGGGCGCAGGGAGAUCAGGGCUGCGAACAAGCCCCCUGUGGAGGGGCCUCCUGCCAGGAUGACUCCGGGCAACGGCGCUGUGGGGGCCCAGGCUGCAGGGGGGCGCUCCCCGUCUCCACGCAGGCCCUGCGCUCCGCCCAGGAUGUCUCACGCCAAUUGGAAAGCACGGCCGGGCAGCUGGGCACCAUCGCCCUUAAGGUGCAGGAGAUGCAGGAGCUGGCCCGGGGCGCCAGGAGACGAGCCCAGGAGACGCUGGAUGGGUCCCAGGCAGCCAGAGGCCACAUGGAGGAGGCCACAGCCAGGCUGCGAGAAUUCAUCCAGAAAAUCAAGGGCUUCCUGGCAGAGGAGGGAGCCGACCCGGAGAGCAUCGAGCUGGUGGCCCGGCAGGUGCUGAACAUCUCCCUGCCCAGCAGCCCCAGCAGAAUCCGGCACCUGCUGCAGGAAAUCCAGGACAGUAUCCAGCAGCUGGACGGGGUGGACGCAGUCCUGAACAGCACGGCCCACGGCCUGGCUGCCGCCAGGGAGCUGCUCACACGGGCAGGGCAGGCCAGGGAGCGAGCGGUGGGCGUGAGGGGGGUGAUCGCGGCCACGCAGGAGGUGCUGGCAGGAGUGAAGGUCCAGGUGUCCAUGGCGGGGCAGGCACUGAGGAGCACCAAGGAGGCGGUCCGGGGCGUGGAGAGCAGCGUGAAGGAGGCCGAACGCAGGCUCCGGGGGCUGCAGGAGAAGGAGGCGCGGGUGCUGAGACCCCUGCAGGCGCUGGCGAAGCAGGUGGCUGACCUGCAGGACAAGUCCAGGGCCAACCGGGGGCUGGCCAAGGAGGCCAAGGAGAACGCUGAGCGAGCCGUGUCGGCCACGGGGGCGCUGGGCCAGGCGCUGGCAGCGGUGAGGCAGCGGUACGCGGCACUGGAGAGCCAGGUGGGUGGGCUGGCCGGGGCCUCGGGCGAGGCCCUGCUCCGGGCGACGCGGCUCCUGCAGGACGCCCAGCAGCUCCUGGACAAGGCCAGCGGCAGCCAGAGGAGGCUGGAAGAGCUGGAGCGGCGCUUCGAGGCCGGCGAGGAGGUGCUGGAGGCCAAGGCCACGCAGCUGCAGGCGCUGGAGAGACGGGUCUCUGGGCUGCUGGAGGAGAUCCGGGAGAAGGCCAAUGCCUACGCCACCUGCUAGUGCCAGGAUGCCGCCUGCCGGGCCGGACAGCCAGGCUGGACCCCCGCGGUGGCCCCCUCCCCCACACCAGUCUGAACCCCCCCGGUGCCUCCCCCAGUCCGGACUGCCAGUCUGGACCCCCGCGCCUUCCUCUGCGGUGCCCCCGCUGGGCUGCAGUGUCCUGCUCCCCCCUUCCCCCGCCGGGCUGCCUUGUCCCCCCAGGGCUGGGGGCUGACCAUGCCUGCUGGGCUGGGCCUGUGACCUCGGGCACUGGCCACCCUUGGACGGGCUCAGUGGGCCGCUGGCAGCAGCUGGGGGCUCCCCUGGGGGAGCGGUGCCUGCCCCCUUCCCCCUGCAAUGCAGACCAGACAAAUGGCCGAGGGGUUUGGGUCCCAUUCGUCCCCCUUCUCUGCCUGAAUCGAAAUAGGGAGCAGGGCCCCCAGCACAGAGACACACCCCCAGCAGGGCCCCCCCAAGGACACCCCCCCUCCACAGGGACCCGGGGCAGAGAGACAUCCCUAACAGGGCCCCCCAAGGACACCCCCCCUCCACAGGGCCCCCCCUGGGGACACAGGUUCAUGGUGUGAUGAGGCCCCUGCCCCCGCAUCCCAGACAGUCAUGGGAUUAUUUCCUGCCCCUCCUACACACCCCAGCAGAUGGGGCUGGCAAUGCCUCACAGGGAGGGCAGAGCCAAGUGCCCGUGCUGCCGUGGGGCUCAGCGCUGGCAUGCAGGCCCCUCCACUGGCAGGGAUGGCCCAGCCACCCCACAGCCCCAUACCCUUUGCCCCCCAUAGGGGGAGCCAGGAGUUCUGCUGGCAGCCUGCUCUGUGCCCUGCCGGUGCCCACCCUGGCCAUGGGCUGUGCCAGUUGCCAGCCAGCCAGGGUGCUCUGGGCUCCUGGGCGGGCAGUGCCGUGGGGCCCAGCAGUGAGCUAGGGAGUGAGUGGGCAGCCAGGUGCGGGCCCUACCUGGCAGGGGCCCCCUCAUGCGGCUCCAGGCUCUGCCCCAGCCAGCGUCUGUAGCAACCCUGGACUCUGCAAAUAAAGGCCUGAGCCCGUG